CUAAGCUACCCCCUCACACACAAAUAAACUGAAUGAACAAAAGUUAUCUGUUUUUUUACUGACUUAUCAAAGUUGAUAACAUGUCAAUAAGCUCUCUGUAUACCUUUAUAUUAGCUCGACUCAAUCAAUCCAUUCCCGUGCCAAAUUCCACUCGAGCAGUCAACCAACCCUGAUUGAAAAGAGUUAAUUUUUUUCAUAGAUUUCACAAUCAUAAUUAUUUUAUAAUUACAAAGUUAAAUAUUCCAGUAAAUUAUUGCUUCUGGAGCGAAGAAACCCUGCGUACCGAAGAACUAAUUGGCCGUAAACUGUAACACCUUAACAAAAUAUCUGCAGUAUGUGAGGUGUGUAAUUUUAUUGUACAAAAUAAGAAUUGAUCUGGUUGAAUUUUGUAACAAGUGGAAGAGCUCAUCGUAGAAAAUGCAGAAAAUUAGCACAGUCACGAAGACAGAUUUACCAUCACAAGCUGGGCGUCGCAUUCGUCGCCGUAGGUUCAGAAGAGAUUAUUUGAUAGUAUUGUGGACGGUGAUUUUUGCAUAUUAUUACACUGCUUCGAGUGGAAAUGCGUUACCCAGACCAGCCGAUUCUCAGGAAGAAAGUCAUUACGACGAUGUUUCCAAUAUCAAUGAUGACUACGCACUUGCAGGAGACGAUAUUCCACCGGAGGAAGUACCCGACAUUUCGGAUAUUGCUGCAGAUGAAGAGAUAGAAAGAAAAUGGCGUCACCGAAUCCACAAAUAUGCAAAAUGGGAGAUACCUGGAGUUAAUUGCACCCCUCCCGGAAUUGACGACUUUCCCGAUGAUCUCUUCACCCAAGCAGAGCGUCGCUCUGGAUUUGUCGUUAUCCAUUUUCUCGUCUCCCUGUACAUCUUUGUGGGGUUAGCUGUAGUUUGUGAUGACUACUUUGUCCCUUCAAUGGAGAGAAUCUGUGAGGAAAUGAGCUUACCCUCCGACGUUGCCGGAGCAACUUUUAUGGCGAUUGCGACCUCAGCUCCAGAACUGUUUACAAAUAUCAUUGGGACCUUCAUCACCAAAGGGGACAUCGGCGUGGGGACAAUUGUCGGUAGUGCAGUGUUUAACAUUUUGGCUGUCGCUGCAGUGUGCGGCCUGGGUGCAGGGAUGAUGGUUCCAUUGGAAUGGUGGUCCGUCACGAGAGACUGCGUCUGCUACCUUUUCACCGUCGUCCUUCUCCUCAUUGUCCUCCGAGAUGAGAGAAUCUACUGGUACGAAGCCCUCAUUUUGGUCCUUGUCUACUUUGUCUACAUUCUUGUCAUGUACAAGAAUGCAUAUUUAAAGAAACGUGCUGAAAAACUUGUGUUCAAAACACGCCGACACUUCAACUACGGGGGUGACAAGAUUGAGGCGAUGUACAGCUCCACCACUAUUGGGCAAUCUUCAGAUAAAGCCAAGGAAGCUGGGGAAAAUGGAACUUCGACACAGUUGGAACCACUGAAAGGAGGGGGAUCUGCAGGAACAAAUGAGCAACUUGACCAAGAUGAUGACUCGGAAGAUGCCGAAGUUCAACCCCCCUUCAAAAUGACGGAGGAGGAACGAGAACAGGAGGAAGAAGAAGCUUCCGGCCUUUGCGAACCCCCACACGGCGAAGGCAUAAAGUCCUGGAUCGAAUUCAUUGUCUGUUGGCCGUGUCGCCUUCUUUUCACGUUUACUAUUCCAGACUGUAGGAAGGACGCGUGGAAGAAGUGGUAUCCGCUUACAUUUGCCAUGUGCAUCGUGUGGAUCGGAACACUUUCAUACGUGGUCAACUGGAUGAUGACCAUCAUUGGGCACACUUGCAGAAUUCCAGACUCUGUCAUGGGGCUGACAUUUAUUGCUGCGGGAACAUCGGUUCCGGAAGUUGUGUCCUCAUUAAUUGUAGCGAGACAAGGGCUUGGGACAAUGGCAGUGUCUAAUUCUAUAGGUUCCAAUACAUUUGACGUUUUAAUGUGUUUGGGGCUCCCCUGGCUUAUUCGAGGCUCAAUGCUUAUCGGAGACAAGUACGAGGACUACAUCCAGAUUAACUCGCAUGGAUUAGAAUAUUCGACAAUGAUGUUAAUAUCGUCGCUCGCAGUUUUGUACGCGAUUCUUGCAUUUAACAAAUUCGUAUUGGAUCGUAAAGUUGGAUUUUUAAGCCUUCUACUCUAUUUCUCUUUCCUAAUUUUCGCCUCUCUUUUUGAACUCAAUGUUUUCUUCGUUGUCAAUUUACCAACGUGUCAGUACCAUGAAGAUUAAGGGGUCGAAGAGCGAAACGAUACGUGUGUACAUUUGUGCUGAGAUUAUGAUUCGUUGUUUCAAGCACAUUUCCGGGUAGGUGUGGCUGAUUGGUUGGAUUAAAAAUAGGGAAUUGGUUGAAUUGUGUAUGAUUUUGAACCCAAACCAUGUAAAUUUUUAUUUUUUAAUGAAAGCAUGUUUUAAUUUGUAACCCAAGUGUAUGUAGAUAAAAUAUAAAUUUUUGAUUUUGUGUUUGAGAUUUUUGUAAAAAUAUCGGUAUAAUUUAAUAUAAUUUAUCCAGUAGUAAUGUCUGCAUUUAUAAAGUUGUAUAUUUUGGUUGAUAUUACAUAAAUAGUUUGGAUAAUAAACUGACGGUAUGAAAUUAAA